AUGGCUCUAGGAGGCUGCUAUGCGUGUAUCAAGUACUUGAUGUUUGCCUUUAAUUUUGUGUAUUGGUUAUCAGGAUGUGCACUCCUUGGUGUUGGAAUAUGGCUGAGAGUAGACGAGAAUGCUGCAGAAUUUAUGCACAAGUCCGACAAAAUAUACAUCAUUCACUCGCUGUCAUAUGGCCUGAUGGCCAUUGGGUGCCUCAUCAUGAUUAUUGGCUUCCUGGGAUGUUGUGGGGCAGUUAGAGAAAGCCAGUGUAUGCUUGCAUCGUUCUUCGUCCUGCUGUUCAUAAUCUUUGCCACCCUGCUGGGUUUUGGCAUUUGGGCAGCUGUGGCCAAAGAAACUUUCAGACAGUUCACUGAAGACAUGCUAAAGGAAGGUGUGGAAAACUAUAAGGAAAAUCCAGGACUCAUGGACUCUGUUCAGAGCUAUUUCAGCUGUUGUGGCUAUAAACUUGGAUUAGUUGACUAUGGUUUGACAGAACCGCCUCAAAGUUGUGAUCUAUUGAAUUCACUCAAGCCUUGCACAGAAGAGGUCUAUGGCUGGUUGGAAAACAGGCUGGUCAUCAUUGCUGGUGUUGCAAUUGGAUUUGCUGUGAAAAUGAUUCUGGGCAUGGUGUUCUCAAUGUUGCUAUGCUGUGCCAUCAGGGAACAGACUGCAUAG